AUGACUAGCACAGCGGCACCACAGCUUCGGCGUUCGAAGCGCAAACAGGCCGAGCAAGCCGCCAAACCAGUGGCUGACACCGCCAACGACGAUGCGCCACCACCUAGGAAACGUGCACGUAAAGCUGUCGCAUCUACGACGGAACCUCCUACCAUCAAGAGUGUUGAUAGGAAAGUCGAUGAACGCGAUACGGAUAUCGUACCCAUAGAGUCACGGCAACAUAACUAUACUUUACCCCCAUUCCUCGCUCUCCCACGAGAACUACGAGACGAAAUCUACAAACACAUCCUAAACUCCGACCGCUCCUCAAAACUAAAAUCCGGCUCCCGUAACAUCGUCACCCGCUGCGGCCUCGUCGGAGUAAACAACCAAAUCUCCGCCGAAUUCCUCGACGCAGUCCUCUUCCACGCCCCCGUCAUCACAACAGUCGUCCGCAACCACAACUUCGCACCCGUCGUCACCUUCCUAAACCGUCUAUCUCAAGCCCAGCUAAAGCGGCUGAGCAACUACCCAGAAUCACAGGCUACAGGAGUAGACGACGACGACGACGAUGUGAGAGCAAAGCGCAAGAUCAGGAUUAUCCUGAGUUACUCGGCGGGUGCAAAGGAUAGUCGUGCGCAUCUGAAUCGCUGGCUAGACCGCUUUGAUAACCCGGAUAAGAGGGGUAAGGAGAUUGAGUUCGAGUAUGGUAAUGACGGGACGUAUGGGAAUGGGGGGUACAAGCAGCGACCUAGGUCACGGGAGAAAGCAAGUAAGAGGUGGAAUGAGGAGGCGAGAAAGAUUCUGAUGAACGCUGGUAGGAGGGGAUGGUGGUGA